GUUAUGUAAUGCGAAACAAAUUGUUUUAGUCGUUUUGAUUUUGUUGCUUGGUAUUUGUGUUGUGUGUUGUGAGAAGUUAUUGGAAAGUUGUGUGCAAUAAUGUUUAAUAAAAUUGGUGUGUGGUUCUUCCUUUUGGCCGCCGUGCUGGGUGACAAGGAUGACAAGAAGUGGGUGUGGGGUGAGUCGGGAAGGAGCAGCAAGGAGAACUUGAGGAACUCCGACAGCUCUGCAUCGGCGAGGUACGAGGUGUACGAGAACGAGAACUACCCAAACAGGCCCGGCUUCCAACAGUACCAAGAAAGACCACUUAAUGACGGACCAUUUCCAACCAGGCCUUUAGAUCCGGGACCUGAUGGCCCUAUUUUCCCACCCAACGAACGUCCUGGAGGUGUUUAUGGCCCUCAGAACUUCGAGAACGCCAACUACGGGCAAGGACAUGGAAGUUACAACAAUGUCAACACGUACCACCCGGAGGACGGCAUCUUAACCGGGCCGGUACCAUCGUGGGUCAAGCAAGGGCCAAUCAAGCAAUUCGACAGGUGCAAGUGCUCUGAGAAGUUCAACUGCAACAGUCCGGGAAUCUCCUACGGUCACUGUGACGUUGGGAAGCAGUACUGCUGCUGGUCCAUCAAAAAGUCCAGUCAAAUCGGAGGUCCCAUUCCAAGUAGGCCAAUUAACUCACCGGAAAACGGAAUACUGGCAGGACCAGGUCAAGAAAGACCUUUUGGUCCAGCUGAAAGACCUUUAGGGCCAGCUGAAAGACCUUUUGGGCCAGCUGAAAGACCUUUCGUGCCUGAAAGGCCUCCAAAUUACAGACCUAGUGGACGUCCAGUUGAGGAGACUUAUUAUCCGGGCAAUCCGGGCAAUACGGGAGGUUACAGGCCUGGAAGGCCUUUCAGGCCUUCUGGUGGAAAUAUUCACAGCUUACAAAAUGGAGUGUUGAUUGGACCUGGGGGACCUUUCGAUUUACCCCACGGAGGAGGAUUUGGAGCUGUAGGAGGGUUCGGAAGGUCCAAAAAGGAUUAGACGCAAAUUGCCAUCGUGUUUCACAGAUUUUACAACAUUGUUAUUUAGUUUUGUGGCUUGUAAGACUGUUACUUUAAAGUUAUUUAUUGAAUUAAAACUAGUAGUCACCAGUUUACCAAAAUAAAUAGUUGUACAAGAA